GUUGAAGCGGGAAGAUUCAGUAAGUGAGACCGCACAGGAUAUUAAUAUUAAUAACAUCAUGCCCCGGGAGAUUAUAACCCUACAGCUCGGACAGUGUGGAAACCAGAUUGGUUUUGAGUUCUGGAAACAGCUGUGUGCUGAGCAUGGCAUCAGUCCUGAGGGCAUCGUGGAGGAGUUUGCUACUGAGGGCACUGACCGAAAAGAUGUGUUCUUCUAUCAGGCAGAUGAUGAGCACUACAUUCCUCGAGCUGUGCUUUUGGACCUGGAGCCCCGAGUCAUCCACACGAUAUUGAACUCGCCCUAUGCCAACCUGUACAACCCAGAGAACAUCUACCUCUCUGAGCACGGUGGCGGCGCUGGAAAUAACUGGGCUAGCGGCUUUUCCCAGGGGGAGAAGAUUCACGAAGACAUUUUUGACAUAAUAGAUCGAGAAGCAGAUGGCAGUGACAGUCUGGAGGGGUUCGUGCUGUGCCACUCCAUCGCUGGAGGCACUGGCUCUGGUCUCGGCUCCUACCUGUUGGAAAAACUCAACGACAGGUAUCCCAAGAAGCUGGUGCAGACUUACUCUGUGUUUCCUAACCAGGAUGAAAUGAGUGAUGUGGUAGUGCAGCCCUAUAACUCUCUGCUCACACUCAAAAGACUGACCCAGAACGCAGACUGUGUGGUGGUGCUGGAUAACACGGCCCUGAACAGGAUAGCUACAGACAGACUGCACAUCCAGAAUCCCUCGUUCUCACAGAUCAACCAGCUGGUCUCCACCAUCAUGUCUGCCAGCACGACGACGCUCCGCUACCCUGGAUACAUGAACAACGAUCUCAUUGGUUUGAUCGCGUCCCUCAUCCCCACUCCCCGCCUCCACUUCCUAAUGACUGGCUACACACCGCUGACCACCGACCAAUCAGUAGCCAGUGUGAGGAAGACUACAGUGCUGGACGUGAUGAGGAGGCUCCUCCAGCCCAAGAACGUCAUGGUGUCGACAGGCCGAGACCGCCAGACUAACCACUGUUACAUCGCCAUCCUGAACAUCAUCCAGGGGGAGGUGGAUCCUACACAGGUCCACAAGAGUCUUCAGAGGAUCCGAGAGAGGAAGUUGGCUAGCUUUAUCCCAUGGGGUCCUGCCAGCAUUCAAGUGGCGCUGUCCCGAAAGUCUCCCUAUUUGCCCUCGGCUCACCGUGUCAGCGGCCUCAUGAUGGCCAAUCACACCAGCAUCUCCUCGCUGUUCGACAGGACGUGCCGUCAGUACGACAAGCUGCGAAAGCGCGAGGCUUUCCUCGAGCAGUUCCGCAAAGAGGACAUGUUCAAGGACAACUUCGACGAGCUGGACGACUCACGCGAGGUGGUGCAGCACCUGAUUGACGAGUACAGCGCAGCCACGCGGCCCGACUACAUCUCCUGGGGGGCGCAGGAGCAGUAAAACACCCGCUAAAAGAAACCACCUCAGACUCUGAGGUCUAACUGUAGGGCUGAGCUCAGAGUGCGGCGAAGGAGACUCUUCUGAACCUGAUGUAUAAAGUGUUUGAAUGUUCUGUAUGAAGUGUACAGAUCUGUAUACAGUUACCGUGUUCCUACACCGUGUUCACCAUGAGAAGCACUAUGUAGAUGUAAAUGACAUGUAUAGUUCCCCCGUUACUAAGCCCCCUCUAUAAUGGAAACCAUGCGAUCAACCCAGAUGAUGGGGACUCAGUAAAGCACUUAGAGUUGUAGGAUGGGCUUUGGUGACUAAAUUCAACUGAUAGCACGGUGUAAUUCAGAAAUAUUAACCAGACUGAAGAGUUUGAUUAUUUAGCACUGAUUGGAAACAUUUCAUACAUAAUAGUUUUAUGGAACUGAUCUCUGAAGAAGAGCUUAGAAGAAAUAGAAGCACAGAGAAUGUGUAAAAUUCACCAGUGUUUUUAAACAGUACGUUCUGAACUCACAUAAAGCAUAUUAUCACUAUCGUGUUAAUACCCAUGUUAACGUCUGUUUAACAACCAAUAAAAAUAGAGAAAUUACCAUACCUCAGUGUCACAUUGCUUAAAAACACACCAUAUCCAGGUACCAGUCAGCGUCCCGAACUUUUCUUAAGUGCCGAUAAGUCGAUUCAGACUCCGAACAUCCUGUCAAAGUGAUGACCCUGAUGGGAAGAAAGGACAAAGACAAAAAGGAAAGGAUCCAAGAAGCCGAUUCAGCAAUUAGCCGGCACUUUCUGUAUUUAACUCACACUUAGUUCUGCUUUUAAUCCACACACACACACACACACACAUUUCUCUAUAAAGCAAACAUGUGGCAUUCAGUGUCUUGCAGCCUGACUGUAUUAUUCCAGUUGUUAAUUGGUUGGACUCAUGCUGAUCAACAUUUCAGCAGACCGUUCUGAUAAAUGCUCCUAGAUUCAAACUCCUAAUUAAACAGUUCGACUGAAAUUUAAAUACACAAUUUUAGCACUGGAGCUUUGAGGCCGUCGUUACUAACAAAAAACAAAAGAAGGGGGUUCAGGGUGUAAUACUGCAUUGCUUCCAGUGAUGAUGAUGAUGAACAAGGGACAUUUGUGCUCUUUUCCAGCAGUGGUUUCAAAUCAGAAUGUAAACUCACUGUUACAGGUUUAGUUUUAUUCUGUUUGUUCAAUAGGAAUAAGAAUCACAACAUUAUAAACUAUUGUUAUAUUUUCAUUGCUUGUGUUCUCUGCUUUUUUCCUCUCAAUUGUAUAUAUACAUUUAACAAGGUUAUGUGAAUAAAUCUUUUUCAAGCA